AUGGCCGACUCAAUCGCCCAGGCCGACCGAAACUAUGAACCGGGCGACAUAAUCGUCGAAUGUAGAAUGCCCUUAGUGGCAACUACAAAGUAUGAACACCGCCUUUUCACCUGCGACAGUUGUAUGCGCAAAGUGGACAGCACCAUUGUCUGUCCGAAGUGUCGCAAAGUGUACUACUGCAGUCGACAGUGCCAGGACAGCCAUUCAAUCCACCAGCUGGAGUGUCCCAUUCUCUCGCGACAGAAGCAGCUGCAGUUUGAAAGCAAAGGCUUUGAUUACAUGCAACGGCUAACUCUUAGGCUAGUCCUACUGAUGAUAAACCAGCCGGAAGUGCGAACACGAGAAUAUCGACUGCAUAAUGGCAUGACCCGCAGACUUGAUGACAUGGAAUGUCACUCCAAUGAGUUAAAGGACACGCCCCAGUUUCAAGGUAUACUCAACUACUUUAAACUCUACAAAAUUGAAAAUUAUGAUUAUGAUCUUCUUUUGCGCGCUUACGGUUUGCUGCACGUAAACUCAUUUGGAAUCGACUCUUACUAUUCGGCAGUCACCGACAAUGCAACUGACGUUCAGAUCGACCAUUGCGGUUCCGCCCUAUACAUCGAGGCUUCCGUCUUUGACCACAGUUGUGUGCCGAACGCUUGUGCUUCCGGCGAUGGCAUGUUACUGGAAAUAAGAGCGCUUUCGCCAAUUUGCAAAGGCGAGCAAAUAUACAUUGACUACCUGCAAGACAUACAGCCCCGUGUUGAACGACAGAGCAUACUUGCAGAUCGUUAUUUUUUCACCUGUGCAUGCUCUCGUGGAUGCUCAGAGACAUUGAACAGUGAAAAGGCGUUUGACGCAGGAAUAAACUACAAAUCCUUUGAUGUACUCAAUAGACUCAUUGAUUCAAUGCUGCAGACCAACUCUUCGAACAUAGAUGCUCCCUUCAACAAGACUUCGAGUGACAUCAACUGGAGUCAGCUGUAUCGUUUCUACAAACAGCGACUGCGAUUGCAGGAAGCUUACUACAAAGAGGCUGGAUAUCACCCUUGUCUUUCCCUCUACUAUCGCGAGUUUUUGCGUUUUGUUCUAGUAAAUCAGCAUCGAUUCAGUGAACAGGAACCCCCUUCUCAGCAGGAAAACUCAUCGGCGACGAAGAAUGCUGUCGCUGCAACCACUGUCGCACCUGUUGCGAGCCUCAGCGGACAUGAGAUUGAAGAAGACCUGCUUGAGUUUGGCGUCAAGGCGAAAGAGCACUUGAAAGUGACUCACGGCGUCAAUCAUUCGUUCUACUCGAAACUGUUUGCAGCAAGUGGGGAACAGGAAGAGAAACGUACUUAA